AUGAUGAAUAUUGUUGCAAUGAUCUUUGCAUUUGGGACAAUAGUCGUAGCCCAUUUGUUACCCUAUGGAUUUACAUAUGCCACUACGACAUUCAUGAACUUUUCAAAACCCAAAGGAACACUUAAAACCAUCAAGAGUGACAACGGAGAUGUUAUCGAUUGCAUUGAUAUCUACAAACAAAUCGCUUUCGAUAAUCCAUUGAUUAAGAGUUUGCAACUCAAUCUAUACUUGGACAAGCAGAUGAAAAUAGAUAACUCUCUCCCCGAGAAUAAACUUGUCCAGGGCUGGCAUAGAAAUGGCAAAUGCCCAUUUCAAACAGUCCCUAUUCUAAGAACCCUUAAGAAUCAAUUUAAGUCGUUUCAGCCAUUUCCAGCCAUCAAAUAUGCUGACUUUAAGAAGCAUGAGCAUGCAGCGGUAUGGAAUAAGAAAGGAGAAUACUAUGGAACUUCUGCAAAAUUCAGUGUUUCGAAUCCUCGAACUGAGAAAAAUGAUUUUAGCUUAUCGCAACUUUGGCUUGCAUCUGGGCUUAACACAUUGAAAUUAAACUCCAUUGAAGCCGGUUGGACAAGAGAUUCCUAUGGCAAAACAGGAUGUUAUAACCUAAGAUGCCCUGGCUUCGUGCAAACAAGCCAAACUUUUGCCCUCGGCUCUCCCCUAGAAUUACCGAUUUCCACACAUGACAAGAAAUCGAGCGACAUACAAAUUUCUAUCUAUAAGGACAAGAAAACAGGACACUGGUUGCUCGAAUUGGACAAUGAAUUGAUAGGAUAUUGGCCAUCUAACCUUUUCAACAGUUUAGAUGCGAAUGCCAGUAGAGUUACAUGGGGCGGAGAAGUUUAUAGCUCAAACAAUUUAAGUAGCCACACGACUACUGAGAUGGGCACCGGCCACUUUCCCAGAGAAGGUUACUCAAGAGCUAGUUAUGUCCGUAAUCUUCUAGUCAUGAAAAAGCCAAACACAUGGAGUAGUCCUGAGUGGUCUCUUGAAAAAUUAGUGACAAAGCCUCAAUGCUAUAACCUGAGCAUUCCAAACUUUUUCAAAAGGAAAAUGGGUUGGGGGGUUCAUUUUUAUUAUGGAGGUCCUGGAUUUUCUAAAAAUUGUCCAUGA